AAAAAAUAUUACAUCUCUCCCUCUCUCUUUCCCUCACUAGCAAAUCUCUAAAGAUCCAAUGGAUCAAAACGAACCAAUAAGCAAGAAGCUAUGGAACAUCGUUCGUUUCCUCUUGUACAUGAUCCGUAAAGGCGUCUCUAAACACAAACUCAUCGCUGACUUCAACGCCACUCUCAAACGUGGCAAGAACCUCAUGUUCCACCACCGUCGCCGUGUUCCAGCCGCCGCCACGUCCUCAUCAACCGCCGCAACCGCACCUCAACGACAAGAAUACGAGUUUAGCUGCAGCAACACUCCUAACUACUCUUUUCCCUUUCCCAAUAUUGGUUUCAUGAAGAAAAAGAGUCACAGCAAUAGUCUCUUCGCGUGUGGCCAAACGCCUCAGACGCUCGACGACGACGCAGCCGCCGCUAGAGCAGUUCUUGAGCUUAUUAACGGUGUUGGUGACAAAGGAAACGUUACUCCGGCCUAUUUGUCGGCGGCUUUGUCUCCUUAUUUUCCAGGGUUUGGACGGACUCCUUUGGUGAGGCCGUUGAGAGUAACGGACUCACCGUUUCCUUUAACACCGGGAAAUGGUGACGUGGCCAAUGGACACGUGGACCAAGCAGCUGAUGAUUUCAUAAAGAAGUUUUAUAAGAACUUGAAUCAGCAGAAAAAAAUGAUUGAGUUCAGCUGAAAUCUAAUCUGAUUAAUGUGCUUCUUCAUAGUUCUCUAUUUUGUUGAUUGAAUGCUUAAUAUGUAAUGAUAUUUUGGGGUUUUAUUUUCACAUUUCUUGAAACAAUUGGAUAUUGUCAAUAAGAAGAAUAUCAUGGGCUUUGUCAAUAAAACUAAUGUUUUAGUAAAAAAAAAAAGACUUAUAAUGACUAACUAAGUUAUAUUUUUUUUGGUAAGUGACAAUGAUCA